UGGAUGUGAUUAUCCUUUUUAACAGAAAAUCUUCACCGUCGCUCAUCCACCGGAAUUAACCGCACUUCCACCCUUCUACGGUCCACAAUAACAAUCAAACUGAUUACAUACACACACACACACACACACACACAUAUAUAUAUAUAUGUUUGUAAAUAACUUGUUUGAAAAAUGUCUGCAAAUUUAGCUAAUGGGCCUCUUCAUUUUGGUUCAAUUUCCACAUCUCAACAUAUCAAAUUCACACACAAUUCAUCACUAAAUUACAACUUACAUCAAAAAUUUCUUCAUAAGAAGCACACAGUAUUCUGCAGUGCAACAAUUAGGCCCAAAAAGCAUUCAAAAUCUGGGGAUAAUGCAGAGGCUCAAGAAUUGGUACGGACAAUUAUGAGGAAUUUUAACUAUGAUAAGCCUUUGCUAUCAACAUUAAACAAGUAUGUGAAGUUAGUGAGAACUGAACACUGUUUUCUUCUGUUUGAGGAGCUUGGCAAGUCUGAUAAAUGGCUUCAAUGUCUUGAGGUGUUUAGAUGGAUGCAGAAACAACGGUGGUAUGUUGCGGAUAAUGGGGUCUACUCGAAACUAAUAUCAGUGAUGGGAAAGAAAGGACAAACUCGAAUGGCAAUGUGGUUAUUUUCUGAGAUGAGAAACAGUGGGUGUCGACCCGAUACUUCUGUAUAUAAUUCACUUAUCACGGCCCAUCUACACUCUAAAGACAAACCAAGGGCUUUAUCUAAAGCUCUUGGGUACUUCGAUAAAAUGAAAGCUACAGAACGGUGCAAACCGAGUAUUGUCACAUACAAUAUUCUUUUAAGAGCAUCUGCUCAGGCAAAAAAUGUUGCUCAGGUAGAAGCUUUGUUUAAAGAUUUAGAGGAGAGCGCCUGCACCCCUGAUAUAUUCACAUUUAAUGGUGUAAUGGAUGCAUAUGGGAAAAAUGGGAUGGUAGGUGAAAUGGAAGGGGUACUUUCCCGUAUGAAAAGUAAUCAGAUAAGACCAGACAUCAUUAGUUAUAAUUUGUUGAUUGAUUCAUAUGGAAGAAAGCAAGAGUUUGAAAAAAUGGAACAAGUGUUUAAGAGCUUGUUACGGUCAAAAGAGAGGCCUAUGGUUUCUACUUUUAAUUCAAUGAUAACAAAUUAUGGGAAAGCACGGCUUAGAGACAAAGCAGAGUUGAUUUUUCAGAAAAUAACAGAUAUGGGAUACACACCAAAUUUCAUCACGUAUGAAUGUAUGAUUAUGAUGUACGGAUGUUGUGAUUGUGUUUCAAAGGCAAGGGGAAUAUAUGACAAGAUGAUUGAUAAGGAAAAGCACGUAAAGGUUUCAACGUUAAAUGCCAUGCUUAAUGUCUAUUGCUUGAAUAAUUUGCCGGUUGAAGCAGAUAAACUGUUUGAGACUGCUUGUAAUAGUGAGAUGUUUCAAAUAGAUUCUUCAACGUAUAAACUUCUAUACAAAUCCUACACAAAGUCAAACAUGAAGGAGCUAGUACAAAAACUGCUGAAGCAUAUGGAUAGAGAUGGUAUUGUCCCCAAUAAAAGGUUCUUUUUAGAAGCUUUAGGGGUGCUCGGGUUAUCACGAGCCGAACAAGAUGCUAUAACUACUAAUGUUAUGCCUGUAUCCCAGUAGAUAUCACCAAGGUAUUGACGGAAGACUUUGCUUAGUUAUCGUUCUAGAAUAGAUAAAUUCACUACCAAUCAUAUAGCUAUUGGGUGUAUAAUGGUAGCUGUGUUGUGCUUGUCACUGGUGCUCAAUCUAUCUGGAUUUGGUCAUUUGGGCAUGGUUGUUACGGUUUAGAGAUCGGUGAACCCAACUCUCAGAUAGCAAAGAGCCAAAGCCUGCUACAUAUUACCGAGUGUAUUUCUAGUAGAGGUGACAAUUUUGACAAUUACACAGGUCAACAGGUCAAUUUGGUUUGUAUUUUGUCUCUCAGUGGCCAAUGGGUAAAUGUAACCUAGAAAUAUAAAAUGGACAUGGGUUGGACAGCACGAUCAGGUGAAACAGGCUGCUUGAACAGGUUAAUUAGUCAAACUGGCUGAAAGUCUCCCAAACUGCAUUGCAUUCAAAAUGCAUAGGACUUUGUAUAUCAUUUUAUUUGUAACGUUUGAUUAUUAUUCCAAUAAUGUAGUUUUGUUUACUCUUUAUUAAA